AUGAGGCGGACGGGUGUUCAGCGUUCGCCGGUGCGCCGUGGAAAAGGCCCGCAAGCCUGGGACUCUGGUAGGUUCAGCGGCCGGAGGUCGAAGCCCGGUGCUCGGCCUCACCGGCCGACCAACGUCCGGAGGCCUCGCAGCCUCCCGGAAUCUGGAAUCUGGAGGAGAUUCAGAAUAAACGCUGGGAAACGGAGGAAGAGGAGAUGGGAAAGGAGGGACCGGCAUCGUUCAAAGAGUCGUGACAGCAGCGCUCGCGGGGAAAAGUCGGUGACGAUCCAGGCUCCCGGAGAGACCCUGCAAGACACAGAGUCCACCCGGGGAGAUGACAGGGAUGAUAACUGGGGUGAGACCACCACGGUGGUUACCGGCACCUCCGUGGACAGCAUCUCCCAAGAGGACUUGACGCGGGUCUCCAAAGACCUGGAGGAGUCCUCCCCGCUGAAUUGCCGGCGUUUCCUGGGCCCGGCAUUGGCUGCCGUGCUGGGGCUCUUCGCUCUGCUGACCCCACUGGCCUUCCUGCUCCUCCCACUGCUGCUGUGGCGGGAGGCACUGGAGCCGUGCGGGACACCCUGCGAGGGUCUCUACGUCUCACUGGCCUUCAAAUUGCUGGUGCUCCUCAUCUCCACCUGGGCGCUGUUCCUCCGCCCGCCAAGGGCCACGCUGCCGCGCUUCUUUGUCUUCCGCUGCCUCCUGAUGGUGCUGGUCUUCCUCUUUGUGGCAUCCUACUGGCUGUUCUAUGGUGUGCGUGUGCUGGAGUCCAGAGAGAGGGACUACCGGGGGAUUGUGGGAUAUGCGGCAUCGCUGGUGGACGCGCUGCUGUUCAUCCAGUACCUGGCCCUGCUGCUGCUGGAGGUCCGACACCUGCAGCCCGCCUUCAGUCUGAAGGUGGUGAGGAGCACUGAUGGAGCCAGCCGCUUCUACAACGUAGGCCAUCUCAGUAUCCAGCGGGCAGCGGUGUGGGUAUUAGACCAGUACUACACUGACUUCCCUGUCCACAACCCUGCUCUGCUGAACCUGCCCAAGUCCAUCCUGUCCAAGAAGAUGUCCGGCUUCAAAGUCUACAACCUGGGAGAGGAAAACAAUGCCAACAACUCCACGGGUCAGUCCAGAGCCAUGAUCGCCGCCGCUGCCCGAAGACGCGACAACUCCCACAAUGAAUACUACUACGAGGAGGCAGAGAUGGACCGCAGGAUCCGUAAACGCAGGGCCAGGCUGAUGGUGGCAGUCGAGGAGGCCUUCACCCACAUCAAGCGUCUCCAAGACGACGAGCUGAUCGCGUUAUCGCCCAAAAACCCGCGGGAGGCAAUGGACCCGCGGGAGGCUGCACAGGCCAUUUUCACCCCCAUUGCCCGGGCCAUGCAGAAGUACCUGCGCAGCACCAGACAACAAGCCUACCACACAAUGGAGAGCAUCAUCAACCACCUGCAGUUCUGCAUCAUCCACAACAUGACCCCCAAGGCUUUCCUUGAGCGCUACCUCACCCCGGGUCCCACCCUGCAGUACCAGAAGGAUAGCGGCAGGGGGCGCCAGUGGCUACUUGUGAGCGAGGAGCCGGUGACAGCGGCACUUCGCGACGGCCUCGUCUUCUCCCUCCGACGCCUCGACUUCUCCCUGGUCGUCAUGGUGACUCCCCUCCCCUUCCUGCGCCUGGGGGAGGAGUUCGUCGACUCCAAGAGCCACAAGUUUGUCAUGAGGCUCCAGUCUGAGACCUCGGUGUAG